CUCGACCCCGUGUUGUGACGUCUUCAACUUCCUGUUCGAAGGCGGAGAUUUUCUGUUGGGCAAUAUUUGGAAAAGUAACAGGCAGACAUUAAUAUCCACGCACGAAAAAAAAAAUGGGAAACCGAGAUGACGAAUAUGAUUAUUUAUUCAAAGUUGUGCUGAUCGGGGACUCCGGGGUGGGCAAGAGCAACCUGCUGUCGCGCUUCACCAGAAACGAGUUCAACCUGGAGAGCAAGAGCACCAUCGGGGUGGAGUUCGCCACCCGCAGUCUUCAGGUGGACGGCAAGACCAUCAAGGCUCAGAUUUGGGACACGGCGGGACAGGAGCGCUACCGGGCCAUCACCUCGGCGUACUACCGGGGGGCGGUGGGCGCGCUGCUGGUGUACGACAUCGCCAAGCACCUGACGUACGAGAACGUGGAGCGCUGGCUGAAGGAGCUGAGGGACCACGCCGACAACAACAUCGUCAUCAUGCUGGUGGGGAACAAGAGCGACCUGCGACACCUCAGGGCCGUGCCCACCGACGAGGCGCGGGCAUUCGCUGAAAAGAACACGCUGUCGUUCAUCGAGACCUCCGCCUUGGACUCCACAAAUGUGGAAGAAGCCUUCAAGAACAUCCUCACAGAAAUCUACCGCAUCGUGUCCCAGAAGCAAAUAUCAGACAGAUCGGCGCACGACGACUCCCCAGGCAACAACGUGGUGGACAUCAGCGUGCCGCCCACCACAGACGGACAGAGGGGCAACAAAGUGGCGUGCUGCCAGAAUCUGUGAACUCUUUUUUUUUUUUUUUUUUUUCCCCGCCCCCGUGCCCUCCUCCUUACUUUUGACUUCAUUCGCAUUCCCAUUGACCCGGUCGCGUCGAGAGCGGCGGCGAGGGGAUGCGAAGCGUUUCCUGAUUCCCAGACAUCAGAAGUGUGCAAUCCUCCUCCCCGUUUGGGAGCAGACACGAUGCCCGGAAGCGGAGCGGCCGUGACUGUCUUGACUCACAAGUAUGAAAGCAAUCCAUUUUUUGUUUAUCACACACGCAUACCAAAGCGGGACACAUGCAAUCAUGAACAGCUGCAUUUCAAGAUUGUAAAAUCAAAGGUGAGGGAAUUAAUGUUGCUCAAAACACACGAUCGAGCGGCUAGCACGUUAGCAUGUCCAAUAAUUUCAGUGUUUGUUUUUUUUUUUACACUGCUAUCAUCCUAGUAGCAUUUCAAUAGUAAAAUGAUUCACACGCUCUCUUGAGCAAUAUCCCGUAAUUGUUUUACUAGUGCAGGGAAGAGUAUCCGUGACGCGUGUGUCAGAUUAUAUUUCUUGUGAAAAUUGCUGAUGCGUCAAUAAAGCCAGUGGCAAAAGUA